AUGGAGAGAACACUUUUUUCUCCAAGAGGCUCAUCUACACAUGUUGACUUCCCAUCCUACAUCAAUUAUCACCACACCAAUACUAAUGGUGAUAAGCAAAACACCGAUAUACAAGCCCAAUCUAGCGGCCACAUGUCAACUAGCCAAUCGUCGGAUUCCAGUGAUCCUCCCCGUGGGGAUGGGAAAUGGGCAUCGAGACUCCUUAGGGAGUGUGCAAGAGCAAUAUCCGAGAAGGACUCUGGAAAGAUCCACCAUCUCUUGUGGAUGUUAAACGAACUCGCAUCCCCUUAUGGGGAUUGCGAUCAGAAACUGGCGUCGUACUUCCUUCAAGCCCUCUUCUGCAGGGCCACUCUAUCCGGGAAUAGGUGUUACCAAACCCUAGUGUCGGUGAACGAUAAGAGUCAUUCGUUUGAUUCGGCUAGGAAGUUGAUACUUAAGUUCCAAGAGCUAAGUCCUUGGACAACUUUUUCUCAUGUAGCAUUGAAUGGUGCAAUAUUGGAAGCCUUUGAUGGGGAGAGUAAGCUUCACAUAAUUGAUAUAAGUAAUACUUUUUGCACUCAAUGGCCUACUCUUUUAGAAGCUUUGGCCACGAGAAACGACAUGGACACCCCACACUUGAGGCUAACCGUCAUCGCGACGACGAACAUGGUGAGAUCGGUCAUGAAGGAUAUAGCCCAAAGGAUGGAAAAGUUUGCUAGGCUCAUGGGAGUUCCCUUCGAGUUCAAUGUCAUAAGUGGGAUAAACCACUUGGGAGAGCUUACAAAGGAAGUUAUAGGCAUCCUUGAAGACGAAGCAAUCGCAGUGAACUGCAUGGGAGGUUUAAGGAGAUCAGAGGUGGAAAAAAGAGGGGAUGUGAUUCGUAUGAUAGAGUCGCUUAACCCGCGUGUGAUAACAAUUGGAGAAGAAGAAGCCGACAUGUCUAGCACGAGAGAUGACUUUGUCAAAUGUUUCGACGAGUGUCUUAGGUUCUAUACGUUGUACUUAGAUAUGCUAGAGGAGAGUUUUCCCACGACAAGCAAGGAAAGGUUGAUGCUAGAACGCGAGUGUUCGAGGAGCAUUGUUAAUGUUUUGGCUUGCGACGACAACUCUGGAGAUUGCGAGAGAAGAGAAAGAGGGUGCCAAUGGUCGUGCAUACUAAAAGAGACUUUCUCUCCGGUUUCAUUCAGUGAUGACACGAUCGACGACUUGAAGGCGUUGCUAAAGCGAUAUAGAGCCGGUUGGAGCCUAAUGGUGCCGCAAUUAGAGGCAGAUUCAACAUCGGGGGUAUACUUGAAAUGGAAAGAAGAACCGGUGAUAUGGUCAUCAGCAUGGAAACCACUAAAAAAUGGUGAUCAUCCUAAUUAUGUAAAACAUGAUGAAGCUUCUUUGGUUUUGGUAUAA